CUCUUUACUCAAUGGAGAUUGAUAUUUAUCGAUCUAAGGUCAAAGGCCACAGCCUGCGUGCUAGGCAACCAACACCAUAAAACUCCAUCGCUUGCGGCUUCAUUAUGGCAGCAUCAGGGAUUAAUGAGCAUAAUGAAGCACGCAGACGAGAACGUUUUCUGUUCCGAAAUGCGUACUUUCAAAAACAAUCAGAGGAAGCUGCUGCUGCCCAGCGUGUCCAAAACCAUUUCCAACAGGGAGGUUAUGCAGGACGUCCUAUGAGCAGCUAUGAACAACAACUUCAAGCCACUCAGAGGCAAUCAAGUCCAGUAAAGCACACCAGGGAAUCAGAGGACAUGAGAAGAAGGAAAGAACACAGCAGGAUGAUGGCUCAAGAAUAUUCUGCAAAGAUACCUUUCAGAUACUCAUCAACUGACUACAUAAGCCAGUGGUGAGGAAUUUGGAAAAAAGCACCUACCAACUUAUUCAUGAACCCUUGCCUUCUAUAAAAAUGGACUUAUGCAGUGGAUUGCCUCUUUGCUAGUGUGAGAUGCAAUUGAUAUUGUGACAUUAUUCUUCUAUGACAAUCUCUGUCUUUGAUCUUUUACUGCAAUCAACAGUGAUGUUUUGCAUGGUGAAAACUGUGUUACUUUUUGACAGGUUGUACUUGUAUUGAAGUACUCUUAAUUUAAUAUAAUUUACGUAUGAUGCAUAUGCAUACCCAUAUACCCAGAUGCUGUCACCAUUUGUUUUAAAGUACAAUUUGGGCCAGCUACUUUUUUUAGGAGGGAUGUGACAUUUUAUGUGCAAGUAGGAUGUAAAUGUCAAUGUUUAUUGUCAAUAUGCACCAAAAUCUUAUGUUAACAGAGUAUACUGCUGCAUUUUUUUAAACAACAAAUCAUGACAAGGAAGGUUUUGUUCAUACCAGCCAAAUCACUCAUUGAUCAUUUGCUCAAGUUUUGUUGAAUUAUGUAGCCUUACAAAUUUGAGGGAAUUUUUGUUCAUGUGUGUACUGUUUAUGUCUAUGCUUGCAAGAAAACAAACUUUGAGUUUUCUGGCUACAUUUCAUAAAUCAUGCUAUUAAUGAAUUGUUACAAAAUAAAACAUUUUAACACUUUUUAACUUUCAAAGCAUUUUUGUUCCAAGCUCAAGAAAUCCAUAGAUAAAGACCUUACAGCUGUAGUUUUGAUCUAUGGAAUUUUGCAACUGUAAUCUUGUACAAAUGUGGCAAAUAAACACACUCAAUGACAAGAUGCUAAUGAUCUGUCCAACUGACAGGGGUUUUUCCUUUUUUUACAUGCUAAUCUACAAUUAUAUUCCGAGUUGCAAUUUGUACCAGGCAAGAGUUAUUGCCAGAUAUUAUCAGUGACAUAAAGCCCUCCAAAUCUGGAGCAUUCUGCUUACAGAAAAGUUCAUUUGUGGGGCUUACCUUAACCUUACAGUUAUUAACAAAUGACUUCACCUUUUGAGGUGCUGUAGCCAGUAUGUGUCCUGUUUGAUAUUUUCAUCUCACAUGGAUAAAAGAGAAACUGCAUUGGUUUCUGUCUAGUUAUGUUUACCUGUUUGAUUUAAUUUAUUGGUGAUUCUAGACAUUGACACUUCUAUUUUAUCCCCAAUUUUAAAGUCUGAAGACCUGACAUUAAAAAAAAUCAACAGAUAUUGACCACCUCAAAAGGUGAAUAAUCACACCACACCAGAGAGCUUUCCCCUUAGGGCAAGUGCCACAAAUAAACUUUCCAUAAACAAGACAACUCCCAUGUGCAGCAGGCUUAAAGAUAAGAUGAAAAUGAUUGUUUUCACAUUCAUUAUUAUAAAAAUCUUAGCAAAAUGAUUAUCAAAAGUUUAUUGUAAACCAUAUAAACUAAACAAAAAGUUUAUGGUUUAAUAUGAAUACAAAGUUUGUGAACAUGUGUUGAACUGUUCUUUAAAAAAGCAACCAAAUGAUCCAUUAAUUCAAAUGUGAAAUAUAGCAAAUCAGUAUCAUUUUACUUCUUUAACCACCUACUAACUUCCCUUUUUGUGAUGGUAUUGUUUCUCACCAUAAGGCCCAUACCCACAAAUACAUAUCUACACAUGCAAUAUUGAUAAACAGACAAUGACAGAACCGACUAAAUUAAAUGAUCUUAAAAUUACUUAAACAUUACACAUAAUAAGAAGUAAUUUCAGGCUUUAAAAUCAAUGCAGGGAUAUUUAAAAGAAACCUUACUGUUGACUAGGUUCCUCUUCCCACAUAAAUUCUGCAUACAUGUAUUGCCACCACCAAAGAUGACCAUGUAUUAAUUCUCUUUUUUUCAGACUAAAUUCACAGGAUAUUUAUAAAUGACUAAUAAGAAAUACAAAUUCUUAAUUGCACAGAAACAUUGGCACAGCAAUUUGGUUAGUAAUGGACCAAUGCAGGGUUACACAUCCAUUUCAUGGAAUUUUACUGUAUCCAGCAACUUCUUGCACUUCUUAAAAGUGUAAUAACACUCAUUUUGUCACAGCAAUUAUGGAUUUGAAAUUCUGAUUACAUAUCUUUCACUAAGUCUAAAAUUAUAUAAAA